CCCCCCGCUCGUCGUCGCUGGCGCGUUGACGGCUUGUUGGUAAACACGGAUCGGAUCCCGUCCCCGACUUCCUCCGGCGCAUUGAUGCACCCGUUUCAGUGGUGUAACGGGUGCUUCUGUGGUCUGGGACUGGUCUACUCCAACAAGUCGUGCACCAUGCCUCCCAUCACCUUCCAGGACCUGCCCCUGAACAUCUACAUGAUCAUCUUUGGCACAGGCAUCUUUGUCUUCAUCCUUAGCCUCAUCUUCUGCUGCUAUUUCAUCAGUAAACUACGACACCAGGCACAGAGCGAGCGGUUUGGGUACAGAGAGGUAGUUUUAAAGGGAGAUCCCAAAAAGCUGAAUCUUCAUGGGACGUGCGCCGUCUGCCUGGAAGACUUCAAAGUGAAAGACGAGUUGGGCGUGUUGCCAUGCCAACAUGCCUUCCACAGGAGGUGCUUGGUAAAGUGGCUGGAGGUGCGCUGCGUCUGCCCCAUGUGCAACAAACCCAUCGCCGGCCCCCCAGAGCAGCAUCACAGUAUUGGGACCCUACUGGACGAACUGGUGUAACUAAGGAAUCUCUGCCAGCUUGGCUGGGAUGUAGCCAGACUAGGCAAGCUGGUAGAAACUAGCAACUGACAGGAGGACACUGUUACGUUGUAAUAACCCAGUGAAACACCAACAAAUGAUGAGGCGGGGUAACCUAGUUACAACCCGGAGAGGGACUCUGAGGGAUGCCGUUGCCUAGCAACUACCCCUGAGUUGGCGACACACGACACCUUGUGGUGUCUGAGAGAUUAUCUUCAGCCAUUAACUCCACACAUCACUCCACCACUCUCCUCCUUUCAGCAUACCCUUGUUUGUUCAACUCCCUCUCUUUCUCCACCAUCGCCCCCUCACACUUCCACCUCUGUCCCUCUCUCUUGUCACAUUCCCUGAGGCUGAGAGCGCUACUGAGAUGGAAGAGCAAUACAGCCAUGUUUUACAUAUGUGAACAAAUGGGUAAGGAGGGAAAUGAGCAUUGGGUUGGAGGCAAGAUCCUCUCUGAGCAUUUUCACAUGAUAUGAUAUGAUAUGAUAUGAUAUGAUAUGAUAUGAUAUUGAUUGGAGAGUCCCAGUAUCGAUACAGAAAAUGGAUGAAUAUCGGGUAAUCAUGCCUGCCUAAGUUUAUUUGAAACAAGAAACUCAGAGACGGUUAGAUAGAUAAAUUGGUACUUCCUGCUCAGAGAGCUUGCCUACAAUGCAAACAGAACUGGAAGCAGCACAAAGAAGUGUUGGAGGAAGCUUCACUACCUAGUGAGUUUCACUGCUAAUGUCACAAAUACAACAAGAUAUAUGUGUUAAGAACGGAAAAGAAAAUCCAACAAUGUGCCAGAGAUGUUGAAGCUGGCUAAAAUUUAGCUAGAGUAAAAGAGCUGACUUGAACCAAAUAUUUCUCAUCUGCUUAGUGUUAUAUUUUGUCAUUGCUAGUGAAGAAGGACAUACUGUUACCAGGGCAUAUAAUGUAUAGUUUUGGACAAAGAGGGUUUAAAACAAGUUGAAAGCUCAUAAGGGAGUAUUUAUUACCAUAAAUAAAAGUUGUGUUUUUGACAGGUCAGACGGCAUCAUACCUAACAAUCAGCAGGACUUGAAUGGUUGCAUUGUACAGGGAAAGAGCACUGUUUGCCUCUAGCUAUAAUCCAAGUGUAGCAAGUCAACAGUUUUGUUUUUCAUCUUGUGAAAUUGUUUUCUUUCCUACAAACUCAUAAUUAUCGAUUUUGUAUUGAGAAAUUGCAGUUGAUAUUCAAUAUGGAAAAUCCAUAUUGGUUCCCACCGCUAGUAUGUUUUAUAUGUUCCAGUUGGUUUUGCUCCUGAGAUUUAACAUUGUUAUUGACAUGCCUUUAGCAACAUGUUAUGGAUUUACUGUUUUAACACUGACUGCAGGAAUUUACAGUUUGUGCGUCUGCUCUUCACUGCACCAGUUUCGUUCUUGGCUGUGAUUUGUUUUAAGGUUGUUUUUUUUUGUAUUUCACUUCAACUCAAGUGUUUUAAAAACCAGUGCCACUUUUCAUGGCAAAUAUUUUUCGACGAAAGCGCCAAAGCAGGUAUAGUGUUUUUGGGGGUAACUGCUUAAAAGUUCUAUUAAUGUGACAGAAAUGUUUUCAUCAGCCGAUGGUGAAGGACGUAGAGGCAUAGUACUUACAUGUCAUCAUGUGAAUUCAGCUGGUAAAAACACUCAAUUGCACUUUUAUACAAAGAAAUUUGUCCAUUCUCGCCGGUGGUUGUACAUUCCUUGAUUGUUAGUUUUGUGGUUUACAACAAGUUUUCAGCCAUUGUAAGCAAGCACUGCCUAAAUUGAGCACAAACCUCACUAAGCACAUGAUCCGGAUGGACAUAUCCACUGUAAUUUAUUGCCAAUGUCAAUGUGAACCUGUUGACUCCAGGGAGACUGGGUUACCGUGAAAGGACAGGUCUGGUUCACGUGUUACAUUCGCGAGACAUGGGUGAAAUAUGAUGUUAGAAGUGCCGUUUCUGGCCACAUUCCACAUUUUGUAAUCCAAUAGAGGUAAAAUACCUUUGACCCGAGACAAUAAUAAAUCCAGUUG